UGUUGUCUUCAGGAGGCUGCUAGAGGACACGGGCAAGAUGGCGACGGCGUCUGGAUUGGUGCGGAGGCCCCUUCAGCAAGUGUCUGGGCUGUUGAGGAGGCGUUUCCAUCGGUCGGCGCCAGCAGCGCUGCAGGUGACAGUUCGUGAUGCUAUCAAUCAAGGGAUGGAUGAGGAGCUGGAAAGAGAUGAGAAGGUCUUUCUGCUUGGAGAGGAAGUUGCUCAGUAUGAUGGGGCAUACAAGGUUAGUCGGGGCCUAUGGAAGAAAUACGGCGACAAAAGGAUCAUAGACACUCCCAUUUCUGAGAUGGGCUUUGCCGGAAUUGCCGUAGGUGCUGCAAUGGCUGGGUUGCGGCCCAUUUGUGAAUUUAUGACCUUCAAUUUCUCUAUGCAAGCCAUUGAUCAGGUUAUAAACUCGGCUGCCAAGACCUACUACAUGUCUGCGGGCCUUCAGUCUGUGCCCAUAGUCUUCAGAGGGCCCAAUGGUGCUUCAGCGGGGGUGGCUGCACAGCACUCACAAUGCUUUGCUGCCUGGUACGGGCACUGCCCAGGCUUAAAGGUGGUCAGCCCCUGGAAUUCAGAGGAUGCAAAAGGACUUAUUAAAUCAGCCAUUCGGGAUAACAAUCCAGUGGUAAUGCUAGAGAAUGAACUGAUGUAUGGAGUUCCUUUCGAAUUACCUGAUGCAGCUCAGUCAAAAGAUUUUCUGAUUCCUAUUGGAAAAGCCAAAGUAGAAAGGCAAGGAAUGCAUAUAACUGUGGUUUCCCAUUCAAGACCUGUUGGCCACUGCUUAGAAGCUGCAGCAGUGCUAUCUAAAGAGGGAAUUGAAUGUGAGGUGAUAAAUAUGCGUACCAUCAGACCAAUGGACAUUGAAACCAUAGAAGCUAGUGUCAUGAAGACAAAUCAUCUUGUCACCGUGGAAGGAGGCUGGCCACAGUUUGGAGUAGGAGCUGAAAUUAGUGCGAGGAUCAUGGAAGGUCCUGCAUUCAAUUACCUGGAUGCUCCUGCAAUUCGUGUUACUGGGGCUGAUGUCCCUAUGCCUUAUGCAAAGAUUCUAGAAGACAACUCUGUACCUCAGGUCAAAGACAUCAUAUUUGCAAUAAAGAAGGCAUUACACAUCUAAAUUUGGGCUUAAAUUUUAAGUCAUUGGAAUUUCUUAUUUAAAAUACUUGCUGAUACUUCACCUGAAUUGUACUAUAAGACCUUAUUCAUAAAGUAAAGUUAUCUUUAAAGCAACAACUCUGAUGUUACUGUUCUGGGAAGUUAAAAUGUGCUUGUGUAUGGGAAAACUCUCUCCAUACUUUCUGUUGUCUGUUACAGUUGUCAUGUUCUUUGAAUAAGACCAAUACAAAAUGUUACUGUCUCACUAGAAGGGCAAGGUAUGGAUGUGGCUUGAUGAAAGAUACAUCUUAAAAAGAUAACUUACAUGUAUAAAAGUGUAUAAUCUACAUUUAAAUUGUUUUGAUACAGAAUAAAGGAAUUCCUGAC